GGUGCGCCGCGCCGCGCCGCGCUCUGCUUCGCUGCCCGCCCCUCUGGGAGUCUUGGUUCCACCUCGGGCCGGCGCGAUGGGCAAGAAGGGCAAGAAGGAGAAGAAGGGCCGCGGGGCGGAGAAGACGGCCGCCAAGAUGGAGAAGAAGGUGUCCAAGCGCUCGCGGAAGGAGGAGGAAGACCUGGAAGCUCUCCUCGCGCACUUCCAGGCACUGGACGCCACAAAGACUCAGGUCGUGGAGACACCGUGCCCCCCGCCUUCUCCGAGGUUGCACGCCUCCUUGUCUGCGCAUCCUGACAAAGAUGAAUUAAUCCUUUUCGGAGGUGAAUAUUUCAAUGGCCAAAAAACAUCUGUGUAUAAUGAACUCUACACCUACAGUAUCAGGAAGGACGCCUGGACCAAAGUGGAGAUCCCCAAUCCGCCCCCGAGGCGCUGUGCUCACCAGGCUGUGGUGGUGCCCCAAGGUGGGGGACAGCUGUGGAUCUUCGGAGGGGAGUUUGCCUCUCCCGACGGAGAGCAGUUCUACCACUACAAGGAUCUCUGGGUCCUGCAUUUGGCCACCAAGACUUGGGAGCAAGUAAGGGCACCAGGAGGCCCUUCAGGUCGGAGUGGACAUCGGGUGGUAGCCUGGAAGAGACAGUUAAUACUUUUCGGUGGCUUCCAUGAGAGUACAAGAGAUUACAUCUACUACAAUGACGUGUACGCCUUUGACCUGGACACGUUCACGUGGAGUAGACUGUGCCCUUCGGGGACUGGGCCCACACCCAGAUCGGGCUGCCAGAUGUCUGUCACUCCCCAGGGCAGCAUUGUCAUCUACGGGGGCUACUCGAAGCAGAGAGUCAAGAAGGACGUGGACAGAGGCACGCAGCAUUCCGACAUGUUCCUGCUGCAGCCUGUGGAUGGAAGGGAAGGCAAGUGGGGAUGGACGCGUAUUAACCCUGCGGGAGCCAAGCCCACCCCGAGGUCUGGCUUUUCGGUGGCUGUGACCCCGAAUCAUCAGACGCUGCUGUUUGGGGGCGUGUGUGACCAGGAAGAGGAGGAGAGCCUGGAGGGGGACUUCCUCAACGACCUGCACUUCUAUGACGCCACCAGGAACCGCUGGUUUGCGGGGCAGCUGAAGGGACCCAAGUCAGAGAAGAAGAAACGGAGGAGGGGCAGGAAAGCAGAGCCCGAAGGUGCCGACAAGCAGGAGCGCGGGGGGGCCGGUGCCCAGGAGCCCCUGGAGGUGGUCAGAGAGGUGGUCGCAGAGGACGGGACCGUGGUCACCAUUAAACAGGUUCUUGCCGCCCCGGUCCCGGCGGGACAGCCACAGUCCGAGGAGGAGGACAGCCCCGACGAAGCCGGUGGCCCCGUGGUGGAGCCCAGUCCCCGCUCCAACGCCAUGCUGGCCGUGAAGCACGGGCGGCUCUACCUGUACGGGGGCAUGUUUGAGGCAGGUGACCGCCAGGUCACCCUCAGUGACCUGUACUGCCUGGAUCUCCACAAGAUGCAGGAGUGGACGGCCCUGGUGGAGGUGGACCCAGGAGCUCAGGAGUGGCUGGAGGAGACGGAGUCAGAAGAAGACAGCGACGAGGACGCCGAGGGCGGAAGUGACGACGAGGACAGUGGCGACAGCGGCGGGGAGGCUGGGGGUGAGUGUGGUGCGCAUGCCGGCGCCGGGCGGCAGGAGACCCACGGCAGAGCAGCUCCGGAGCCAAGCACCCCCUGCCGGACCUAGAGCUCCGGGGUCGCUUUGCUCCCAAAGCCCCGAUUUUUGCUGGUAACGAGAGACUUUCAUGCUUCAGUAAAGUUCUAUUAAAGCGUGGCUUUACUUCGUAGACGUCCUCUCAAGGCGAGCCUAAGUUUUUGCGAGAACAUUUGUAUUUCGAGUACGUUUGGGCCGCGCCGGGUCGCUUUCUUUGAUUGAGUGAAGAGCGCGCUCGCGACAUGGUUUCUGUAACUCCGCUGCUCACCCCGUCAGCCAGUGAGCUGUGGCCUCUGCGGCUGCCUGCCCGCCCCGCCUGCCUCCCCCUCUUCCCCACGGAAGAGCCCACGACCCUCGGUGGCACCUGCCCGGCUCGCCCUGGAUGACGCUGGGCCCCACGCCCAGGCCAUUGCCGUCUGAAGACGGGGAGUGCCCCCCACGCUGCAGGGCAGCCUGCGUGGUGUGGCUCCUUCCGCAGUGUUGGCGUGGGCCGUGACGACAUAGAGCAGAGCUGCGGCAGGGGCGGUGUCGUGGAGGGCGAGGUCCCCGCGCUGCCGGUGGCGCUGUGAAUACGAGGCAGAGAAGGCGCCUUAUGCUUUGCAAGCGAUCUCCCUUCCGCCGGACAAGGAGCCGGGGGUUUCCCGCGUGGCGGUGCGUCGUCAGGCCGGAGGCCCCCGCUGUGAUUUCCGGGAGUUCUCGGUCGCAGCCCACCGGCCACCUUUCCACGCUUCGUGUCUCUGCCCGACUCUGAAGUAAAGCUCCUGUCGGCUCUGUGGCUGUCGUGCCACCGGCUUUCCUCGGGGGUCUGUGAGCCCACGGACCCGACUCAGAGCCGCUCCGUUAGCGUUUCCUGGGAAGAGAUGGUGGGGCCACCCCUGCUCCCUUCCCGGUCAGCCCCCAGGUUGUCCUCGGCAAAGUGACCGGAGGAGGGGAAGCCAGAGGGAGGGACCCCGCUGUCUGGACGCGGUGUCACCAUCCAGCGCCUCUGGAGUCGGAGUCCGUCGCAGGGGAGGCCUGCGGACUGCUCGCAUGCCGUCUGGGGCCUGCUCCAGGGUUGAUGGCCAGAGACCAGGUUUCAUUGGUAUAAUUGGGGUCAGAUGUUAGGCUUUGAAUUCACACUUGGUGCAUUUUUUAUCUUCAAUACUUGCAGCAAUGAGAAGGUAGUAUUUUAGUGUGUAGUAACAGCAUCAGCAUCCCAUUUGUGUCCUGGACCAGGCCCUCCUGUUCAUUGCUGGGACGCUCACAGACCAGUGUGGGAAUGCCCCGGGUGGCGGAGCAGGGCCCGUCCUAGGAAGGCUUUCGCGGAAGGAGGAGGGCUGACGUGCCCCAGCAGCAGCCCCUCGCCCCACCUCGCCUCCUCACGGUGCCCGGUGCGACCACUCUCGUCGGACUUGCACGCCGCUCUGUAGCAGGACCCGCAGGGGUGUGCUCUCACCAGCAGCUCAGAAAUGGGAAGCCUGCCUCUGGGGGGUGCCCCCCGGAGCCCCGGCCGUCGGAGAGAGGCCAGUGUGGCUGUCGGGCAGCACGGCACCCCUUGGCCAACGGGGGCUGUGUUUGCUAGAAAAGCUGGCACUCUGGCUCGGGUGGCGUAUCGGUGGCACCCCUCUUGGCUGCCGGGGCAGUCUGGGCCUUCCUUGGACACUCUGGGUGGAAUCUAGCCGGAAGAUUCUCAGGUAGGGCUGGCGGAACACCACGGCUGGUGCGCGGACCUCCCGGGUCCUCCCGGGGCCCACGCUGCCCGCUCCUGCGACGUGCCCUCCGGCCCCCACCGUGCAGCUGCUGCUCUCCCGGAGGCUGCGUUAGGAGGAGGUUGUCGGAAGGGCUUGCCGGCUCUGCCUCAGGUUUCUGUUUCAGAGGCCGGUGUCUCAUCCUCCUGGUUGAGGUGACACGGCAGGUGUGAGGGAAGAGGAUGUUUUUGAAUCCAACAGAUUUCCCCGAAGAGGAAACUCCUUGUACAGACAGGUCUGUUUCGCUGUCGUGUCCGUAGGCUUGUUGCUAGAAGCUCGGUUCGAGUUCACACGGGUGAACAGCUGCUCUCGCCUCUGCUGCCUCCUUGCUGUGAUGGAGACACCAGGUAAGGCACACCUUAGAUGUUGAGCAGCAGGAGAGGCAAAGAAUGCGUUCUAGGGCCGCGAGAGCCCCCCAGGAGCGGGACCAGCACACCCCAGCUCUCUGUUGGUGACUGGUGUGCCCAGCUGGAUGUUCUGGACCCCUGAGGGCCACCACGGGCACGAGUGGCCAGUCUGAAGCUCGGGGCCUCCCUUGCCGGUGGUGCUGGAGCCGGAACAGCUGGAAACGGCUGUAUCCGGGUCAGCGAGGGCCCCGCGAUCGUACACCUGUGUCGUCUGCUCCUCGGUGGGCUGAGCUGUUGGUAAGCCCCGCACCACCCACCCCCUUCUCUUAGGCUGCGUCAGCUGGCCACGUCCCCCCCCCCCCCCACUUGGCAGAGCUGCGUGAGUGGGGUCAGUGGGGGUUUGAGUGAGUAGUUGUCCCCAAGUCCCAGGAGCGGUGGCGGCGCUCUGGGUCCUGCUGCCAGAGGGUAGUUGGUCAGAGGUGGGAGGUUUCUGGCCUUAGGUCGAAUUGAACAAAAACCAAGGAAAGCACCGAUUAAGCCCGGAAAUCCUCAUCAUUCAAAGCACUUUCUGUUUGUUUCUAAAAGGCGCGGUAGUGGUAUUUAUUGUAGUUUAACAUCUUGUGGGUUUUUUGUUCUGUUUUGCUUUUUGUUUGUUUGUAAACCAAGUCGUACAGGCGAGGAGUCAGUGGCUGGCUGACAGGUUCAUUGAAGGGCCAGAGGCUGGCCAGGCCCUGCCGGUGACAGAUGAUGUCCGCAGGGCCGUCCCUUGGGGCUAGAGGGACCCUCGGGCAGCCCCCCGGGGGAGGUGAGGCUCGAGCUCAGGUUCAGAGCAGGUGUGUCACAGCAUUUGUGUGUCACACAAAUGAGGUCACACUUGCGAACCAGCCCCCCCAAGUGUGCUGGGGUGAGGAGGUGGUGACACGGUGUUGAACGGGGGCUGCAGAGGGGGCAGCCGCUCCCUAGCACGGGGGAGGGGGUGGUUGGCUUCGGCUCGAGGGAGCGUGAGAUUCGUCUGUCCACUGCUAAGUUGCAUGAGCACCGAAGGGGCUUUCUAGUAACUGCUCUUUUCCUGGAUGUUUUAAAGCGGGAAGCAAGCUGUGUGCAGGCCUUUGGUCACCAGAGACCAGUGUUGUCUUACUUGGCCCAGGGAGCUCCCGAGUCGUAGGCCACAGGCACCUUCGUUGCUGUCUUGGGAGAGAGCUUUAGCAGUGCCGGGUUCCGGCUGGGUCUGGUCACCCACCGGCGGUGUGACCACGGUGUCCCGUGGGCAGCCGAGGCACCAACCAGCACAGCCAGGGGCCAAGGAUAUAAGCCAUCGGCGCGUGGGGAGCGCCGCGGGCGCAGCCGGUGCUGGGCCUGGUUUGCUGGUGUCGAGCGGGUGUGGGGCCGGGGCCUGUCCUCGUCCUCUGGACCGGACCUGAGCUGGGGUGUGGAGCUCAGGAGCCCUGUGCCUGAGUGCGGGGGCGGGCCUGGGAAGGCCCAGGUGUGUGUGUUGGGGGAUCUGGGGGUGGGGGAAACUCCAGUCGGAAAGAAAGGCCGGGGAAGCUCCCCACAAGAAGCGUGGAUGUUGAAGGUUAAGAAAAUCAAAACAGGUGGAACAAAACUAUGCCGUGAGGCCCCUGGUCGGCGGGGGGGGGGGGGGGGGGGGGGGGGGGGGGGGCGCUGGGGGAGGUGGGGCCACGUUCCGCCCCUGCCCACAGCGCUCUCCCGCCAGAGCUCCGCCCCGAGCGGGAUUUGCGUUUAUCCAUCCCAGAGUUUGGGCACGAGAAGGACGCCGUGGUAAAGACCGUGGUUUGUGAGGAGACGAUGCAGAGAACCCACAGUUGUCAAACGAUGAUGUUUAUUACUAAAAGGAGCAAAAUGUUUUCAAACCUGGACAGCGGCCCUUGCUUUCAGAGAGCGAAAUACAGAAUAGUGGUAGGACUCAAACUGUUACAUUCAUUAAAGAAAAGUAUUGAAUUUUCAUUUUGUAAGUAACCAAGCUAUUUUUUCCAGCUAAAAGAUAAAAUGGCGAGGUAACAUUUUUAGCUGCUUCGUCAGUGAGAAGAAUCAGAACAUAGUCGACAUUCCCUUUUCGUCAAUGCACAAAUGAUUGCACUGUGUUAACAAACAGUUUACAUGCACCAGGGGAAAAGGUGGAAAGAAGAAAAUGCAGAUCGAGACCGGUUUCGGUUAGAACUCGCGAAAAGGCAUCUGUGUCAGGGUCAGCGGCCUGCUGUCUGGCGUGAGGGCCGGGUCUCACACGCUGCUCACCCGGGCGGUGAGGGUGGUAUUUCUGUCAGGCUACAUUAUACCGGGUGGGCUUUCUUUGGACGUGGCGAAUGGGGCACAUGGGCAGGGUCGGCCGGAGAGGAUGGGGGGUUCAGCUGAGUGCACGGGAUGCACCAGCGGCUCAGCGCUCACGGGCGAGCGCCGAGGGCCGGCCACCAGCAGCGGGCGCAGGGGCGGGAGGAGCAGGCCACGCCGCCCUGGUGGUGGCAGUGACCGUGCUGGCCAGCGCAGGGCCCGCUCGGGGGUGGUGGGGCGCGCCCGCAGACCGGUCUCCUCCCUGAACCUGCCCCCCGCGGGGCAGCCCCCUUCCUGCCCUUUCCCGCCUUCCACAGGCCGCUGGCGGGCGUGCCUGUCCCCGAGCCGCGCUCGGCUGCGUGGUGCGCCCCGCGGGGAGCCGAUCGUGGUUGGGGAGGGAGACGCGGUUGAGGAGUGUCUGGUGGAAGGCCCUUCGUCUGCGACAUGUGUCCUCACGCGGGAAGCAGUGGGAGACGGGAACUCCGAUCUUAAGGGACUAGCAGUCCUCACGUGUGCUCGAGCAGCUCGGGUGCCCAUCUCUGUCCGACCUUCGAUGCAGGCGUUGGGGGGGGGUCGCCGCGGCAGGUGCUACCGGCAAGGUGGAGGGGAGUGAGGGCCCGGCCGGGACCCGUCUCGCCAUCCCCUGGGGCCUCCUGCCUCUCUGGGUCGGGGCUGCCGCGGUCCUCGUGGCACCAGCUGGAGGCCGCACGGCCAGAGGCCCGCACGCGCGUCUGUGGGGGCGGCGGGGAGGGCGUGCGCGCACGCGGUGGCGGGGGGAGUGUUAGGGGCGGACGGAGAUGAGGUAGGUGUGAGGUGUGCCGCUCCCUGCCGUCCCCGAAGCCCCAGGCGCGGGGCCGCCGCACCCAGACGCACCCUGGACUGCUCGCGGCCACUCGUGGAUCUGCCCCUCCUGGCAGGGCUGCCUGCCCCUCUGAGGCCGAGGAACGGGCUGGAACGUGUCUGCCCACGUGUGCGUCAGGCCCCCUCCACGUGGGUUCUCGGGCAGAGGCGCCCUCGGUUCCUGGCUCGCAGCCUCCGGUGGAGGAGAGCACGCGGCCGUCCCGCAGCGAGGUGCUUCUGCGCCCUUGGGGGCUUUCACGGUCUGAGCGCCACCCGAGUGCCGUCGUCUUCCGCCUGCAGCGCCUCCAGGUGCCCGCGCGCCCCCCGCCCCCUUCCGCAGCCUUCCAGUGACGGCCGCCUGUGCUUCCCACGGCUUUCGGACCGUCCCGGCGUAUGGGAACAUGGUAAAAAUACAGCUUCGCUGUUUCAUUUUUCAACGAAGGCAACUGCACUUUCUCUUGCUUUUAAGGCUGAAUUAGCGACGCUUCUCAGGGACAGAUCUUGAGGACACUUGGGGACGGGUCAUUUUUCUAGUCUUUGCUUACGGACGGUAUCGCAUGACACACGGUUCCCCGGGCAGGGAACAAAACUGAGAGACACCUUGGUUUUCCGACUAGAGCACUUCACUCUUCUUCCCGUUUCUUGUCUGGAAUCACUUUUACGCUUUACUGACACGAGCAGGUCCUGUCCAGGCAAGACCCAGUGGAAACGCGAGACAUCGUCGGCGGUCCUCAGUGCCGUCCGUUAAUGGUGGGGUCGGCAGCGCGUGCAGCUACGGACAUAGAGGCCUUAAAAUCUAGUAGGCACCUUUAAGUUUCUGAGACCGAAGGCAAGAAAACCCGGAAGACGAGACCUCUUUGAGCCAGAGAAAGCGGGAUUACUAAUGCUGAGUGGAGGCUGGCCCUCCCCUCCCCUCCGUCUUGAGAGGUGUCGUCCUGUGCAUGUGGGGGCGAAGCGAGCACCUCUCCCGGACGAGGCCGCUUUGGACACCCGUCGUCCACCUACAGGUGUGAGAUUCACCUCGAGGGGACCCCUGCCCGCAGCGGCAGCAUCGGUGCGGAGUCGGGGGGAGAUGAGAGCAAGGUGGCCGAGAUCCCAAACUGAAAAAUGCGAACACCACUUUAUUUCCGUUAGUCCCCCAGAUGUUCAUCUAGGUCAAGCCCGUGAUGCGUCUGCUCGGGGCCCUUGGUCACGUCAUCUGGCUUUAAGUGGGGCGGCCGUGGGAUCUACCGUCCAGACCGGGACUUGUGGACGGUACAAGAGGGAGCAUUUCUAGGGCCAGGUUGGGACGUCAGGGGUUGGGUGCCCUGGGACCCCAGCCUGGCACCGAGGGGCGUCCGGGGACGGGGGAGCCCGGCCCGUGCUCUUCCUGCCCCGCUGGGGGGCCCGUCAUCCUACAGUGUACGUGUUUGCUCAGCGCCUGUGUAGCAGUUGCAACACGGGAGUUCGUGGUCUGGUAAACGUGGUUGUGGACUUCUCGGGAGAGUGGUUUUGGCAGGAGGCAUCGCACUGCCGUGGCUACCCACAGGUUUUCCACGUCGACAUCCUCUUCGCAAGUUCGCGGGCUCUUGUGUCACAUCCCUGCUCUGUGUCUUUAGGAAUCCUGGGUGCUGUUGAUCAGGGAGCUUGGGAGAAUGGAUCGUUCUUCACGUGCCCGAAGUCACCCGAGCACUUGGGGCAUCGAGCACGUGCCCAGAAGCACAAGUAACCCAGUGUGCAAGUUUCCUCACGUUGGUGAAGGCGGCAGGCGGACUGUGGGCACAGACGAGUCGCCUGAGGACCCUGGGGUGGGGGUGGGGUGGAGGGUGUGAGUGCAGGUUUCCCAGCCGCGGGAGGGCAGCGCGAGGGGGGUGUGGAGCGGUGCCUCUCGGCCUCACCUACCCACAGGCCCUGGCUCAGCAUCCCUGGCAACUCCAUCUCUCUGCCUCUGGCUUUCACGUCCAGAGCGUGGAAGCAGCUGCCAGGGGAGGAAAGGACUCUCACGAGGUGGCUCUGGGACUAAUUAAAACUUGUCACUUUGUACCCCCCUGGGGGCCGGCCCUGACCCACACGUCCCUCGUGGCCGGGUGUUGCUGUGUGCGCACGUCCACCGGGAGCGCACGGGAGGAGGUCCGCUGCUCUGGCCCCGGCCCGGGACUGGCACAGCCACUGGGAAAAGCUGAGCCUCUGGGCCGGUAGGACGAGCCCAGCCUGCCAGGUGAGCAGGAGCACUCCCCCGUGCUGGGCUGUCCCGCUGGGCGGCCCGCUCCUUAAUCGGCUUCUAGACCCUCUCAGACCCGGAGCGGUGGUCUCUGGGGGGAUCUGCCGGGAUACCCCGGGUGUGCAGUCUGGUUUUCACACCUGUGGGAGCAGGGGCCGGACGUGUGAGGGGACACGAGCCAGUCACCUGUGCGGGAGCCCCGGGCGUGAAAUCACUGUUGCUUUCACUGGGCCACACACCCUUCCCUAAUCUCCUCCCGGGGCGGCACGUGCGUGUGUAACCUGCGGUCCGAGGUACCGUUUGGUGUCGUGCAGUUACCAGAACGUACAAAAGGCUGUGGUCUUUACGAAGAGGUGCAAACAGUUAGAAAACACAUGUCCCACAUGGAGGGUUCUGAGCUGCAAGGAGCAGGAAUCUUUAUUUGGUUCACUUCAGGUCUGCAGCAACCACUCGAUAUUAAAAAAGAACGGAAAGUAAGAUGUACAAAAGAUGUAAUAUCCCUUUAGAAAGUAACGUUACCAGAAACGCGUUUCUUACGGACCCUCCCUCUCCUGUGCCCCACUCCCCAAAAAGACCCCAAACUAAGCCAAACUGUGAGAAGAAAUGGGGAGAGAGAAUGUAGAACGGAAAAAAUAAAACUGGAUUUUUACUGGAACAUGCUCUAAUCUUUAGUUUAUUUCUGGUUAAAAAUAUAGCAAUCCAGUGCAGUGUAGUAAAGAAAUCUGCUUGAAAGGUAGCAGAGAAACAGCUAAACAUAAGCAAAGCAAGGCAGAGUCCAUAGCCGGGCUGUGCCCAGGACGGCUGUGGAAGCUCACGGUCGGGGCCGUCCCGGGCGUGAGCGCAGGGGCCGGGGUAUGGACGCGGCCGUGCCCCACAGACACGUCCAUACGCCCUGGCCGGGGCUGGCUCCAGCGCUAGGACCACGGGGCGCCCGCACAUUCUGGAACCUUGUUCU